AAGAGAGAGAGAGAGAGGGGGAGAGAGAGAGAGAGAGAGAGACUACCCAGCCCCAGCAGAGCGUAGAGGCGUCAGACGGCCGCCAGAGCAUCCCGGUUACGCACCGCUCAGAGGCCCCAUCGACGGUUCGCAGCGCCAGAAAGCAGCUGAAGAAGAAGUCACCACAGCCGGGCACACGGCCACAUUCACACUCAGUAAUGGAGAGCCUGCUGGAUAAUCCAAUGAAAGCCGUUCUUUACCUGAAGGAGCUCACCACUAUCGUCCAGAACCAGCAAAGCUUGAUCCAGACGCAGCGCCAACGCAUCGACGAACUCGAGCGAAAGGUGGAGGACCUGAUCGGAGAGAACCGACAGUUGCGGGACCCUCAUCACUACGUCCAGCAGCCCGCUCAGCAGCAUCACCACCACCACCACCACCACCCGACUCACCGCAGCGCCAGUCCCCAGGCGCCGGCCCACCUCCAUCAGCACCCGGGGAGCAACAAAGCUGCGGCUCAUCUCGGCCAGCAGGCGCAGCAGCAGCAGCCGCCGCCGCCGCCGCAGCAGCAUCAGCAGCAGCAGCAGCAGCAUCAGCAGCAGAUCCCCGGUCUAUCGGCCCAGCCUCAGCAGCAUCCCACCCCUCCUGCGCCGUCCUCCCACCACCCGCAGCAGCUGCAGCUCGUCCCCACCUCGCCGCAGUCACCCAAAGCGAGCCAAGCCAGCCCGGACUCCGCCGAGGAGGACAAGAGGAGCCCCUGCUGCAAGUCCCUGGUUCCGCAGACUCCCACCGCGCUCUGCCGCUCAGUUGGACUGGCCAGGAAAGCAGACAACCAAACAGUGCUUCACCAGUUCUGCUGCCCCGCCCCAGAGGCCCCCGAGGGGGAGACCUCUACUGCCUGUGUCCCCAGCGAUGACCUUUCUCCAGAAUCGUCUAUGGGGGAGGAAGGGAAGGGAGGAGAGGGGGAGCUGCAGAGUGAGGUCGAGUCACAACCGCAACCCGAGCAACAGCAGCAAGAGACACAGCCACAGACUCAGCCACCACAGCCACAGCCCCAAUCUGAGCCCCAACCACAGCCCCAGCCUGAAACCAAACCUCAACCAGAACCAGAACCAGAACCAGAACCCGAACCAAAACCCCAGCCUGCCCCGGAGCCCGAGCCGCAGCCUGAAGCCGAGGCUCCGAGCGAGGAAGCGCCACAGGAAGCCCCUAAAGCCCCUUCGCCUUGCAGAGAGGAGCCAACAGUGGCAGAGCAAGAGAAGGAAACGCUGGAAGAAGCUGUGGAGGCGAAGACAAAGCAAGAGGGAGAGGAGGCACAGGCUGAGCGGCAUGAGGGCGAGGCAGCACAGGAAGAAGAGGAGGAGGAGGAGCAGGAGGAGGAAGAAGGGGGAGGAGCAAAAGGAGGUGGGGCAGGGAGGAGAGCCAGCCUGCAUCACACGGCCUCGCCCUUGAGGGUGCAGCGCAACGGGGCCGGCUCGCACUCCGCCACCUCCGACUAUGAGCUCUCGCUUGACCUCAAAAAUAAGCAGAUCGAAAUGUUAGAGCACAAAUACGGUGGCCACCUCAUCUCCCGCCGUGCAGCCUGCAAGAUCCAGACCGCCUUCCGCCAGUACCAGCUCAGCAAGAACUUUGAGAAGAUCCGCAAUUCACUGCUGGAGAGUCGCCUGCCUCGACGCAUCUCCCUGCGCAAGGUCCGUGUGCAAAACACAGAGGGUUUCUCUGCUGAACGGGCCCUGGCAGAAGGCUGCAACUUGACAGGCAUCCCGUUGGUGCGCUCGCCAUCUCUGCCUGCCACAGUCAGUGGCACCCUGACCGACCUGGAAGACUCGUUCACUGAACAGGUCCAGUCACUGGCAAAGUCCAUCGACGAUGCGCUCAGCAACUGGAGCCUGAAGACCAUGUGUUCACUGCAAGAAGGCGGCACUUAUCAGUUCAGCGCCGACUCCUUCAGUGCAGCUGCAGCAGCCGCAGCAGCAGCAGGAGUAGGAGGUGGAGGUGGAGGAGAAGGAAUUGGUGUGGGAGAGUCAACGAUUCAUCAAGCCCCAGUCGACCCAAGUGACCUGUCGAGAAGUGCGAGCAAGCUGAUGAUGGCGUUCCGGGAUGUGACGGUGCAGUUUGACAGCCAGAACUUCCGUGUUUCGUCCUCAGUCAUGGAAUCGUCCACUGUCACCCUCGGCAGCUGCGUCCAACAGGAAGGAACCACCACCACUGUCACACCUUCUUCCACAACAACAAACUCCACUUCAGCCUUCGCUCCUCCUGCCCACUCACAAGAACUCCCUCCACCCCCUGCAGAGCUUCCAGCUGAACCUAUAGAUCCCCCGCCGCCACCACAAGAACCCCCACCACCCCCAGAAUCCCAAGAAGAAGAAGAAGAUGAGCAGGAUGUUGAAUUCCCUGCUCCUCCUCCAAGCGAAGAAGAGCUCGAGGAGGAGGAGCAGCCUCCCCUAACCCCUCUGGAUAAGAUGGCAGCCCCUCAAAGCCCAGAGGAGGUUGUAGUGGUGGUGCCACCACCCACAGAGCCCCCUCACGCCCCCCCACCCCUGCAGCGGAGCUCGCCUGUGGCAGAGCCGCUGGAGGUCAAGAGGUGCGGCUCGGAGACAGCAGAUAACAGCUCGGAGCAGAUGAGCAGCAGCAGCACGUCCACAGAGGCACGCUCCACAUCUGAGGCCUCGUCCAAAGAGGCACUGCAGGCCAUGAUCCUCAGCCUGCCACGCUACCACUGUGAGAACCCCGCCAGCUGUAAAUCACCCACGCUGUCCACUGAUGUCAUGCGGAAACGCCUCUACCGCAUCGGCCUCAAUCUCUUCAAUGUGAAUCCUGACAAGGGCCUUCAGUUCUUGAUCUCUCGAGGCUUCAUCCCAGAUACACCCAUCGGUGUUGCCCACUUCCUGCUGCAGAGGAAGGGCCUGAGUCGACAGAUGAUAGGAGAGUUCCUCGGCAACAGCAAGAAGCCCUUCAACAGAGAUGUCCUAGAUUGCGUGGUGGAUGAGAUGGACUUCUCAGGCAUGGAGCUGGACGAAGCACUGAGGAAGUUUCAGGCCCACAUUCGUGUCCAGGGAGAAGCCCAGAAGGUGGAACGUCUUAUCGAGGCCUUCAGUCAGCGCUACUGCAUGUGUAACCCUGAUGUGGUGCAGCAGUUUCACAACCCGGACACCAUCUUCAUCCUGGCCUUCGCCAUCAUUCUGCUCAACACCGACAUGUACAGUCCAAACAUCAAGCCCGACCGCAAGAUGAUGUUGGAGGACUUCAUACGCAACCUACGAGGUGUGGAUGACGGAGCAGACAUCCCCAGGGACAUGGUGGUGGGAAUCUAUGAAAGAAUACAACUGAGGGAGUUACGCUCCAACGAAGACCACGUCACCUACGUCUCCAAGGUUGAGCAGUCCAUCGUGGGCAUGAAAACGGUUCUUUCGGUCCCUCAUAGAAGACUGGUGUGCUGCAGUCGACUUUUUGAGGUGACGGAUGUCAACAAGGCCCAAAAACAGGCAGCACACCAGAGAGAAGUCUUCCUCUUCAAUGAUCUCAUUGUGAUCUUGAAGCUUUGUCCAAAGAAGAAGAGCUCUGCAGCCUACACUUUCUGCAAAGCCAUGGGCCUACUGGGCAUGCAGUUUCACCUGUUUGAAAAUGAAUACUACCCUCAUGGCAUCACCAUCCUCUCACCUUUUGGCUCAGACAAGAAGCAGGUACUUAACUUCUGUGCCCCGAGUGCUGAGGAGCUGCUCAAGUUUGUCGAAGACCUGAAGGAAUCAAUCGCGGAGGUGUCGGAGAUGGAACAGAUACGCAUCGAGUGGGAGCUGGAGAAGCAGCAGGGCGCCAAGACGCACUCAGUAAAGAACAACGGCACACAGCUAGAGCUGCGCGGCAAACAGGGCUCCCCAUCAGGAAACCAGGAGAUAGAUGAAAGAAGUGGACACAAUGCAGUAGAGGUGUCAAUUCACAACAGGCUUCAGACGUACCAGCUCAGCAGCAGCACGGCUCGGAGUCCCGAGAGCGUGGCCCUUCUUAACCACCGGGGGGAGCUGCUUUUCCAGCAGGGGCCCCAGGGGAUAACCCACGGGCCGGCGCCUCCACCUCAGCACCCGCAGCUGCAGUCAGCGGCAAGCACCCCUGCCCACCACCUCCACCUCCAGCAGCACCACCAGGCGGCCGUAAGCAUGGCUGACCUCAGGCCGGAGACACUCAUCCAGUGUCAGCAGAUCGUCAAGGUCAUCAUGCUCGACAACAGCGGCCACGGACGCAUGGAGGCCUUCCUCAGCCAAACGCCCACACACCACCACUACCAGCAUCACCACCACAGCUACCACCAGCUCAGUCAGUCGGCCAUGUCCACCCCGGUCCGCUCGCCGGACGGCUCCCAUGGCAACGACGGCCACCAGCCCCCGCUGCCUCCCCCACCUCCGCCUUACAACCACCCACACCAGUAUAUACCCCCCGACCCCCGCCUCAGUCUACACCGGACCCCAAGCGGCUCUCGGAGCAUGGUGUAAAUAAAUUAAUUAGUAUUAUUUCCCCCACACGUCCACACACACUCCCCCUUCUCUACCUAUUUAAAAAGUACAUAAUGUACAUAUAUACAUACAGAUCAAAGAGCUAUAAAGAAAAAAAAAACAAAUCUCACUUAUAUGCAUAUAUUUAAGGAAAAAAAGAAAAGAAAAGUCAAAGUUUUAAAAGAGAAACGGAGAAAUAAAAUGCAUAUAUAUAAAGUUUUACUUGAUUCCACAUGUAUUUUGAAAUAUUAUGUAGUUUUAACAAAUUUCUAUAACUUUUUGUCAGUUUUAACUCUUGCUAGAGAAAACACAGAUAUUCUGGAUGGGUUCCUUCUAGUUCCGGUAUUCACUAUCACCGCCAACAACAACAACAACAACAACAACAACAACAACAACAGAAAUGGACUGCAAUGGAUGGACAACACUCCAAGGACUUUCCGCUUCUGUCUCGCUUUUAUCAUCCCGAACCUCAUGCCUACUGUGCUGUAUGUGCGCGUGCGUGCAUAGUUGACACUUUAACUGAAAAACGUGUGCCAAAAUACAUAGCCACCACUAAACACUGACUUCUUUGCACUUGACUAAACGCUAGGGCUAGGAGAAAAUUAAAAAAAAAAAAAAAAAAACCCUUUCUUUUU